UCAUUGGCUGUCACUAUAGACAAGUUAAAUACAGACCAGGUUCCUGCAUUGCCUCACACACUUAAUCAUUCACUCACCUGCAACAACGAGAAAGUCCAGUUUCUCCGGCAGUGAAAUUUGGGAAACAGGCAGCGGCAGCAGGAUGGACCUAGACGGUAAACGGCUGGUGGUGGUGGUACCAAACGAGGUGUCAGCACCCUCAGGCAGAAUGUUUAGCAGUGAAGACGAGGCAUGGAGAAGCUACCUGGAGAACCCACUGACGGCGGCUACUAAGGCUAUGAUGAGCAUCAAUGGAGAUGAGGACAGCGCUGCGGCUCUGGGACUGCUGUAUGACUACUAUAGGGUCCCCAAAGACAAGAGACAGGCAGCAAAUGGUGUCAAACCCACAGACUCCCCCAGUGUUGGCUCUAUCAACCGUGGAAAUUUGGAAUUACUGGACCAUCAUCUUCAGGCUCUCAAAUUCAUGCCUGUCAACCUCUCUCUAAAUCACAGCUCGUCUACAGAUCAUCAGGAUUCCAAGUACUGCACGGCUGGCUUUGUAAGAAGCAGCAGAACAGCAGAUGUGAAAACUGAAGGUGAGGUGGCCCUGGCUCUGGUCAAAACAGAGGCCCAAACCUCCACAGGGGUUUCCUCUUGUCGUAGUUCUUAUCCAGGAGAAAACCGAGAUCAGAUGAGGAUGGCUUACAAACAGAGCUGCUAUGAUCUGUCCAUGUCUGGAUACUUUAAAGACGAACAGAGGAGCACACCGGACAGCACAUACGAACAUACAGAGGAAAGACAUAUGUAUAGCAGGAGUCCUUCCUCAGGAGGUGAAGAUUUCCACCACAGCCCACAACUAAGUGACACUUUCCAGUACAGUCUGGAAGCAAGUAUGUCACUGAGACCUGGAGAAGGACCCAUGGCUUACCUGAACCGGGGACAGUUCUACCCCUUAACCCUGUCUCAGACUGGUUUCAACACAUCUCUACAACAGCACGAAGGCAAAGUGUCCUCUCGAGAUGGAAGCCAAUCCAGAAAUGAGCCUCAGCAGGAUGGUCUUGUACAGAGUGUGAUCAUGGUUGUGUUCGGGGAUGACAAGUGCAGAGAUGAGCAGCUGAAGAAUUGGAAAUAUUGGCACUCUCGUCAACACACUGCCAAACAGAGAGUCCUAGACAUCGCCGACUACAAGGAGAGCUUCAGCACAAUCGGGAAUGUGGAGGAAAUUGCCUACAAUGCUGUGUCUUUUACAUGGGACAUCAGUGAAGAAGCCAAGGUCUUCAUCUCAGUCAACUGUCUGAGCACAGACUUCUCCUCACAGAAGGGCGUUAAGGGAACGCCACUCAUAAUCCAGAUUGACACCUACAGCUACAACAGCUGCAGUAGCCGACCCAUCCACAGAGCCUACUCUCAGAUUAAGGUUUUCUGUGACAAGGGGGCUGAGAGGAAGCUUCGUGAUGAGGAGAAAAAACAUCUUAAAAAAAGGAUAAAAGGUAAAAAUGCCAGUUCUGCACUCGGCUCUCACCUGAAGAGGAGCGACAGCACACUGUUCAAAACCUUGAUGGACCUGGACUCCCAGCCUGUCCUUUUUAUUCCUGACGUCCACUUUGGGAACCUGCAGAGAGCAGGGCAGGUAUUUACAUUCAAUGCAGAAGAGGUUGACAAAAGCGGGAGUGUUCUGGUGAAGAGGUUGUCAUGUCAGUCUGACAGUGAAACCUGUCCACCUCAGUCCAAAAAACCCAAGUUAGACCAUGAACGGAAAGUUCUUCUAUAUGUGAGAAAAGAGUGUGAUGAAGUAUUCGAUGCUUUGAUGCUGCACACACCAACUCUCAAAGCACUGAUGGAGGCAAUCUCAGAGAAAUAUGCUUUACCCGUUGGUAAGAUGGCAAAAGUUUACCAGAAGAGCAAAAAAGGAGUGCUGGUGAACAUGGACGACAACAUCGUCCAGCAUUACUCCAACGAAGACACCUUCACCCUGGCCUUUGAGAGCACAGCUGACUGUCUGCGUGUGACCCUGUCAGAGAUCUGACAGCUCUGAUGUCAUCACUGACCGGGUAGAAUUCAACACACACACCAUGGGCAAAAUUGUGAAUAUUUACAGUGUUAAUACAUGUUACAUGUUCAUCAGACGACCUGCUGCACAGCACCUCACACAUGGAAACAGGUUGAGUGAUGAAAACCUACAGUAUGAAUACAUUUUUGUGCUUUAAAAUUUUUUUUUUUCUUCAAAUGACCUGUACGGUUCUUGUUUUGCUGCCCUAAACAUAACCUUAUUUCGGGUUACAAUAUACAACAUCGAUGUGGUGUCAUUUAUGAAACCAUUUCUCAGGAUUAUGUCAGACUGCUGUCUCUUUGGUAUGAGUAUUAUUUUUGUUUUAUUUUUCUGUCACAAAGCUGCAGUGAUCAGCAUUCGUUACAUUUGUUUUUACCUGCUCUGUUCCUACUCACAUUUCUUUACCUGCUAAAUGCACUGUAAUGUACAGACUUUUAUAUAAGCCAAUAAAUAUUGUUUAUAUGUCACACGUGUUUGCAGUUAUUCAAUUAAACAGACGCCACAUAAAUGCUGGCACACAAUAAAUUGUAAAUUUAAUUCCUGACCCCAAUAAAAUGAAUCAUUAGAUCCAGAAAAUUGUUGUCACUAAAAACAGGACGCCAUACAAAACCUACAAAAAGCAACAGUUACAAACAUUUUGUUCAAACAGGUAACAUUUUUACAGUGUAAAUUUAUACAAUACUGUUUUGUUGUCAUUUGGCACAGGAUGCUAUUUUUGUGUUUUAAACAGAAAUGUUUAACCUGAAAACAGUCUAAAAAUACAGUAAAAGAAACAUGGUGAGAGUAUCAUUGCAGCAGAUGUGAUCCUCGGAGCAUUUUUUCUGCAUUUCUUUCACAACAACAGUAAUGUGUUUUAAAUGAAACAUUCAUGGCUUUGCUGUUUUUGCUUCGAGGACAUGGCUUCAUUUGCAAAGCUUUGUUUUCCUGCAUCAGUGUCUUCUGUAGGUUUGCAUAAACACCAGUAUUCUGACCCUGACAUUUGUCAGCACUUGCUCACCCUCGACAUGCCCAUGUGAUUCAAUGUUCUAUUCAUAAAGUCUAGUUCAAAAGACGUGUAUUUUUACUUAACUGUUU